GGUUCGUUUGGAUUCGUUUGGAUUCGUUAGUCUGCCGCACGUUUUCCCACCGAAAGUAGCGCAGAUUACUUAAAAAUACCAAAACCGAAAAAUUGGAACAGCCUCUGCCGGCGGCGUUUCUCAGUUUCGGAUAUUUUCAAAUAUUCCGACUCUCCGAUCCGGCAUUCCCCGUUCGCAUCUGGUGCGAGUACCACGAACAGCUGCUCCCGGUGCUGCUUCGAUUCCCAUCCCAUCCUCAUUCCGCUCUGGGUGCCCGCGCUAAAGACAUGAAAUUGAAAAUCAAUCUGGCGUUCCUCCGUGCGACACUCGUCGGCCUCCUGUCCAUCAUCCUCUUGACACGGACCCCGCAAGUCGAGGCCUUUGGAGGCGGCUCCUCGGGCAAUGGGGCCGUGGUGUCGUGCAAAGAGCUGAACAACGUCAACUGCUACGUGGGCCGCAACGAGGGCAACUUCUGCAGCAGCAAGGAUAAGACCAAGGUCGUCACUCGCUGGUACUUCGACAAGGGCGUCUGCAAGCCCUUCAACUACAAAGGAUGCAACGGCAAUCGCAACCGCUUCUGCACCCAGGAAAGCUGCGACACACGCUGCGGCGAUUGAUCGGCACAUAGAUAUAGAUACAUCUCACCUAGGCGAUAAGUUUGUACGCGUAUGUUUAGCAAAUAGAGAUCGCUCCACACUUGAGGAAACAAAAGGUCAAUAAUUACACACUCAAUUGGUUUAACUCUCAACCACCUCACACAAUGGCUCACAAUUUACUCGCUGAAAUAUGAUUUUGUCACAAC